CGGCCAGCCGAGAGCCGAGCCCCCGCCGCGAUUCGCCGCCCGCCGCGCUGACCCCGCGCAUCCUGACCGCGGGCGGGGGGUCACCGGGAGGACGGGGCGCGGAGAGCCCGGCCCCACUAGCCGCCAGGCCAGCAGCCCCGCUUAAAUACCUCCGCGCCCGCCUCCCCGGGCUGCAUAGCUCUCCGGGAGAGUGGCCGGCAGCAGACAGCUUCCUCCCGCAGACACCGCCGGGACCGGCGCGCCCGCCUUCAGCCGCCAAGGAGCAGAGACCGCGCUGCCCCAUGCCUGCGCACUUGCUGCAGGAGGAGGAGUUCUCCUCCGCUUCCAGCACCAGCACUGUUGGCACUGUCACCUCCCGGGCGACCAGGAAUGGGGAUGCUGUCAUGGCAAAGGACUCAUUCAAUCAUGAGGAAUUGGCAGGAGACCGGGGCAUGAUGGAUGAUAUCUUUGAUGAGACCUACAGGGAGAAGGAGGGCCCCAAGCCCCCCAUACGAUAUGUCUGGAGGAAUAUCAUCCUCAUGAGCCUGCUGCACCUAGGGGCCAUAUUUGGGUUGACGCUGAUACCGUCUGCAAAGAUCCAGACACUGGCAUGGGCUGUUGUGUGUUUCCUGGUGAGUGCUCUGGGAAUAACAGCUGGAUCUCACCGCCUCUGGAGCCAUCGGUCCUACAAAGCCACGCUGCCCCUGAGGAUCUUCCUGACUAUUGCAAACUCCAUGGCCUUCCAAAAUGACAUCUAUGAGUGGGUUCGGGACCACCGUGUCCAUCACAAGUUCUCCGAGACAGACGCAGAUCCUCACAACGCCAUGCGGGGAUUCUUCUUCUCCCACGUUGGGUGGCUGCUGGUGCGCAAGCACCCGGACGUCAUAGAGAAGGGUCAGAAGCUGGACCUGAGUGACAUGAAGGCUGACAAAGUGGUGAUGUUCCAGCGGAGAUACUAUAAGGCUUCAGUGGUGUUGCUGUGCUUCACGCUGCCCACUGUAGUGCCCUGUUACUUCUGGGAUGAAUCCAUCGUCAUCAGCUUCUUCAUUCCAGCCAUCCUGCGCUACACCAUAGGGCUCAAUGCCACCUGGCUAGUGAACAGUGCUGCCCACAUGUACGGCAACCGGCCGUACGACCAGAACAUCAACCCACGGGAGAACCCCCUGGUCAGCCUGGGGGCCAUAGGAGAAGGCUUCCACAACUACCACCACACCUUCCCCUACGACUACUCCACCAGUGAGUUUGGCUGGCACUUGAACUUAACCACAGCCUUCAUUGACCUCAUGUGCCUCCUGGGACUGGCCAGCGAUCGCAAGAAGGUCUCCAAGGAGGCCAUCCUGGCUCGGAAAAUGCGGACUGGAGAUGGGAGUCACAAGAGUGGCUGAGUUCCUGCUCCCCUUCACGCACACAUCCGCACCUCUCCUUCUUCCUUUUUUCUCCCUUUCUCCCUUCCUGACCCCUCUGAACACGCUGGACAAAGGUUUAAUGUUCUGUUUACUAACUAUUGAAUAAUGCUACCAAUUUGCUUAACACAAUGAGUUUUAACUCCCCCUCCCAUGCUGUAUUUUACGUGAUGUAUUUAAGAUCUAGGACUCUGCCUUUAUAACGCAAGGCCAUCCCUUUCCCUCCUCUCCUUUUCCUUCCCAUCCUUUCUCCCCCGCCUCAUUUCGCAUCGUCCCGGUCUCUCCCUGGCAGAGGAGCUGGUAGGCAGCAGCCCAGGGGGGGCCCACUGCAGCCAGCUAAGUACUGUGGAGUUAAGGGAAGCCUGUAGCAGCCAGCUGAGGAGUUGAGCCAAAGUCAGCGACCCUCUCCCCACCACCUUCCCCUCAAAAUCCCUUCCUCUGUCCCUCCACCUUUGUCAAGGGCUGCUGACAGACAUGGCACAGCUAAACUGCUCUCCUUGGGAAAAGCAGCCCCAUCCCCUUCCCUUGCCAUUGGAUAGAGAGCUGUCUCUUUCCAAGAUGUCUUUUGGGAAGUGUUCUCUCCCCCCUCCCCCCUGCACAGCCUCUCUGGCUGGGUAGAGGAGAGCCCUCAAACUCUCUCAAAGCUCCAGCCAGGUCCACCAGUGGGCUGGAGCAGGGAUCUGGUGGCCACAGUUGGCAUUGGAGGGGGAGCACUGGUGGCCUUAUAACCUCCUUCGUCCAGCUUCACAGCCUCCCUCCCUGCAGUCUGCUGUGCCCCAUGCCACCAGGGAAUGAAGGCAGACCCUGGUUUUGUCCUCCACAGCCCUUCUGGAGAGCCAGUGGGGAGGGGGACAGAUGGAGGGCUGUGCCACUGGUUGCUGUGGGGCAGCACCAGCCCGGGGUGGUUUUGUUCACCACCACUGCUGAGAUUUUUGCCAGCAAAUAGGACUUUGCCAAAAUGGAGAGGGGGAGAAGGAUGUAAACCAAAGCUCUGCUGCUGAGUUAAACUGAUCUAUAUGCUGGAGGAAUAUGCCACUCACUGGGUGGCAGGCAGAUGUCCCGAUGUCUGUGCCUGGAUGUAGAUGCCCAUCCUGUACUGAGCGCAGGGAUGGGGCAGAGGAGCACCUGCAGGUGUAGGGAGAGGUGAGGGUGUCCUCGGGAGCAGGUCUCCCCAUCCUCAGGGGCUCUGCUGGGUGGAUUAACAAGUGCCUGAGAAACACCAACGCAGAGCCAGUGGCACAGGGGGCUCACAGGAGAUGAGUCUUCUGGGGUGAGACACUGCUGCUGCUGUGGGCUACCUCCCAGCUUUUCUGCCCAGAUCUACUGGGGUGCUUUGCCCUUCCCUGAUCCUCUGGGGGAGGCACAAGCAGCUCCUUGUUUGCCAGCCCCCUUGCUGAGCCAUCUCACCACCUUGCUCCUUUGCUGGCAAGGCAGGCAGUGAGGGUGGCUGAGCCCGUGAAAAGGUCAGUUGUACCAUGAGAACAUAUGGGCAUGCAGCUGGAGGGUGUGCUGGGGAAAAAGGUCCUUGUGGGUGUUGUUACCUGCAAGAUGCAGAGACCGCAGCUUGAGUUCAGGUGGUGGGUUAGGUACUGGGCAUCAUGGCCUCAGGUCCCUCACUGGGCUGAACGUGCUUUGUUUUCCCCUUUGGCUCUCCCCAUCAUUAUUAAUUUUUAUUAUCAUUAUUCGUUGUAGCAAUAGUAUUGUUUUUGUUGCUUAAAUGCAUCAAAUGGAACUGGAGGAAAGCAUGAGAGGUGGCCAGAACAAGGUGAUGCUGGAGUGGGGUUUGCAGUGUUUCCUGGAUCCAGGCAGGCCAGGGAGAGCAGAGAUGGAGAAGAUGCCAACUUCCUCGUCUCAGCUCUGCCAAGCAGCUUCACAGGAGAGAGUCUCUGCAGCUUUGCUUUCUCCUACUGCUAUGAAACUCACCAGGAGCAAGGAUAGCUCUCCUUAACAAGAGCGUGCUUGUUACUCAGAAAAGAAGUCCUCCUCCCUGCCACCACCACAGCCUUGUUAUUGCUCAGCAACAGGACCCUUAAAGGUUUUGAGCCAUCAGGAGCAAUGUGGUUCUCCAGUUGAGAUAUAUAACUGGGAGAUAUGGAGCAGGGAGCUUUUCAACUCCCAGUGUCAGGAGACAGCAUCCUUACUGCUUGAGGGCCCAUGGCUGCCUGGGGCUAAGGGGCUUGUGGCUGGAAUUGUAUCCUACCAUUUAAAAAACCAGAAAAAGCCAUCAAAGAAAAAAAAAAGGGAAAAAGAAAUAAACACUGUUAGCUUUGUAAUUGCAGGUUGACUUAGCUCUAGUCUAAACCCCUCUGAACUCGUAGAAGUCUCCUGGGAGAAUGGAUUUGCUCCAGCCAGUCAUUUGAAAGUGCUGUAGGGAGGGGAGAAGGUGAGGAGAACGAUUUUCUUGCUCCUGGUGCCCUUAAGGUGUUGUGUGACAUACCCUAUGGUAGGGAAGCAUGCUGUGACAUGCUGCAAUAUUAUACAUCCUCUCAGCAAAGACGCUGGGCUUGACAGCAAGGGUUCCUUUCAAAUUUCAAGUGUUGAUUCGGGUCCAGAAUCUGGAAUUGGGGUGGAAGCUGAGGAGCAGUAACCAAACAGUCCUGGUGUUUGCCCAGUCACUUUAAAGGUAGAUUGGCAAAUAUCUCUGGGUGCCUUAAAUCUUUCUUUAAUAUACAUAGGAGUAUUGACAGCUAUUUGCCGGUUUUUUUUUUUUUUUUCUUUUUCUUUUUUUUUCUUUUUUUUUGAAUUACAAACAUUUGAGGGGUUUCUUAAUUAUUUAAUUGCCUACAUUAAACUGUGGGUGCAGGUGAUUUUGAAUGUAUUUGAGUUAGAAUUUUUGUUAGAUUAUGAAACAGAUACAACACUUUAAGUAGAACUUUGAGAUAUAUAUAUAUACACCUAUAAAUAUAUAUAUAUAUUUUUGGUGGCAUGUUUGUAUCCUGGAUGCGUUGUCUGUAUGUUUAGCUUAAACGAUUCUGUGAGAGGUGGAAGCAGAGAAGGCAGUGGUGGGACCUUGUGGCUAGAGCAGUUGUUCUCCUGGGACCUGUUCCUGGCUUACCUACUCACUCCCUGCGUGAUGUGGGAUGGAGUCACUAAAAAAAACACUCUGCCUCAGUUUCCCUACCUGUUGCAGGGACGAGGCCCUGCCUCCCAGGGGUGUGCUGAGUCUCACUGCCAACCCACCGAGCGCAGAGGAGGGAGGUGUACUCACCACACACGCACUGCUGCUGGCAGAAGCAUGGACUGGUUUUUUUUCCAAAACCGUUCCCAGCCCCGCUGGUAUUGUGAAGAGCAGAUGUCCAAGUGUUGGGUUUUUGGGGAAGGAUUGGAAAGUUGAAUCUGCACAUUGUCUAAGCUCUGUCACUGUUGAAAUGUGAGUAGGAUACGAUUUUUCACAGCUUAGGGAUUUCUGCAUAGUAGUAUCUCUGUUUUGUGUACUGGAAAAGAAAAAAAAACAGAAAACUUUUUGAAAUAAUUUCUACUAAUAUGGAAACAGACAUCUGGUUGUGCUGAUCUGAAAUUUUAUUUGUUCAUAAUAAAAAUGUUACUUUAAA